AGUAGACAGUCAGCAUUCAGCGGCCAAGGCGGCGUAGCGCGCAUACCGGCGAUCCCGCGAGCUUCCGAUGGUUCUCCAUCCCGUCUCAUCGACGGUUUUGUAGAGACCACGAGAUCCGAGGUUUCGCGUACCGCAGAGGGACUGUCGGCGACGAACGUUCUCCAGAGUGGCUGGAUAUCCAUUGUUCCUUAUCCACGUUGGCUCGGUUCUACAGCGAUAGUCCACGCUCCGAUAACCGUGCAAUUGGUUUUAUUUUGUUCACCAAAUAAGCGCGACCAGAGGAAUUUCGUGCCUCACAGUCGGGCAACGUUACGCGAGACCUGUCCGUAGUAUUUGGCGAGGAAGAUAUCGCUGCUUUGGCAACCGACGAUGGAUCGUUGAUCAACGACCGUCGUCGAUCCGAUUUGUUUCGUUCCUUGUUGGAUUCGAUGUCGUAUGUAGGUACGGUGUUCGCGUAUCGUCCGAUUGUGCGACGACCGCUGUUCUGAACAACGUCGUACACGGCUACACCUGUUACGGUGCAGAGGUGCGAACGUCGCAGCUGCGAUGAUAUUCUGCGAGAAUACCGUCCGGAGAUAUUAAACUAGGGAAGAACGGUCCACGGAUGAUGAAGAAACGCAGCGUGAUCCACGCGAUGCGAUUUGAAUCCGACGAACGGAGAUGGAACAGUGGGUUACGAAUAGCGGAUUGCACCGGUGAAUAAGAUUUUCCGAGAGACACGGAAGAGACCAGGCGAGAGACCGGGGACGAGCUCGAUGCUUCUUGGCUUCGGGACGCUAAGAAAUCUUUUGGUGAAGCUUCGCCGACUCCGGUGAUCAGGCCGCACGACGUCGACGUCGACGUUGCGUCGCACUUGUUAGUUUAUCGAUGAGCUGUACCAAGGCUCUACGUUCGCAACGAGCUUCGACGGUGACAACGCGAAUGCCCGAGGAAACAGUUUUUUACUAUUCUUCCCCCCCCACCCUCUUCAUUUUGUCGUAAUUCGAUCGCCGCUGAAAAAUCGACCCUCGCAAGAUCCCUCCGGAAUUCCACACUUGCGUAGUUACGUACGUACGCGUGCGUGUACCGCAGUGGGUUUCCAGUUGUCAGUUUUUCGUCUGCAUUUGCAGUGGCGAGAGCGGGCGGGAGGUGGUGAUGUGCAAAGAAGAUGAUAUGAGAUAUUCUUUCGCAAAACAUCGGUAAACAAUAUUUACACAGUAACUCGUCCAGCUGUUGGAGAAAUAUUUAUCUCCAACGCAAACCAGUGAACGAUACAUCAGCUGCGUCCGAUCAACCUUGACAAUAACGGUGCUGUGACGCCGCAUUAAAAUUAGCUGAAAGUCAACCGAUAACACCGAGCCUACGUCGCCUCGGAAUAUUCGUUCUGGCUGAGGUAUGUGUGUGGGUGUGCCUCGGUGUACGACUACGGGAGAUAUACAUUCGUGUGUGGUCGUGCGCACGAAUACAUGUGCGGGCGUACGUGCGGCGAUAUUUAUCCACGAGGAGAAGAGAGAGCGAUGAUUUGAUAUUGGGACAAUCUCGAAAAGCUCGUCGUCAAUCGUACGACGAUUAUUUGGUGCACGAUCAACUGUGAAAUAUCGUUCGGCGACUGCAUAUAAAGUAAACAAGAAGCGGAGGUGAACGGAGGGAACCUUAUCAGCUGCGACAAAGGCGACGACGUAACGUAAUCGACGAGCGCGGGAGAUCGGCGUUAUACCACCGGCGUCGUCACCGGCACCGGCGCCGACUUUGCCCGGGAUCGCACAGCGAUUGCGACACUCGCGGAGAGACACAAACUUUGCGACAAAGACUCGACCGAGUUCGGUACGAGCUCCGGCGUCUGAUGUGAAAAGUGACUAUUGCAGAUGCACAGCUGACUCGGUAUACCGGUACACCGGUGCUGUACGCCUCGCGUCGGACGAUCGUCGUUGAGACUCGCGGUUCGAGAAUUUCAGCGAAUACGAGGAACGCGCGAGUGCCCCGGAGUCCGAUGACGUGGUAGCGCGGUACCCCGCGAUCUUUGAAGCCUCCGUUUAAAUGUAUAAUGGCAACGAGUAUAGCAUGUGGUCGCAAAAUCAGCAACAAUUCACGGGGACGAUUCCCCCGCAACAGCAACACUCUCGCUGUCAUCCCCCUUCCCCGAAUAGAUUGCAUCGGCUGGAGGCGCACCCGCUACAACAGCAGCGCAUGGAUAACCGCGUGCUCCAACACAACCACGACCAGCAUCAGCCGCAUUACCAUCACCAUCGCCAUCACGGGGUCAUGGAACUGCCCGUGCCAAGCAAUCCCAGAGCAUCUCGCAACAUGGCGGAAAAACAGCGUCGAGAUAACCUGAACACGAACAUCUCGACGAUGGCCGCCCUGGUGCCAGCUGUGGCCGGGAGUUCGAGGCGAAUGGACAAGAUAUCGAUUCUUCGGUUAUCGGCAGCCUUCCUUCGAACCCAAUACACAUUGGGCUCAGGACCGGCUUCGUUUCUUCCUCAAAAAUAUAACGACUUCGAUCUCGAGCAGUACAUAAUCGAAAACUUGGUCGCCAACGCGGGCUUCUUUCUCGUGGUAACAACGUCAGGAAAAAUCGUCUACAUCAGCCGACACGUUGAGCACCAGCUGGGCCACGCUCAGAACGAACUGCUGGGUCAAUCGCUGUACAAUUUCGUCUGCGCUGAAGAUUACGAGGAGUUGACGCGAAAUCUUACGCCGGACGAGAUGCAGUCCGGGCUGACGAAUACGUCGAAUGCGGUCAAGUUGACGAACGACGACAAUUCGAAUUCAUCGGAAGACCUGGCCUCUCCGAAGGAAGAGAAAAAGUUCACGGUACAGCGGCGGAGCUUUAAUAUAAGGAUGUCGCAGAGGACGGUGAACAAGAGGGAUCAUAGACAGUACGAGUGUCUGCACAUAUCCGGUCAGCUGAGGCUGGCGGACGCGUGUACGAAUCAGGGAACCACCAUCCCCGGCAUCCGAUCGAGGCAUCGAGAAAUCAACUCGACCAGCAACGACAUCGUUUUCGUGGGGAUCGCAAGACUGCUCAAGAGACGAACCAUCACCGAACUGUCGCUACUCGAAGCGACCAAGGACGAGUAUGUCACCAGGCAUCUCGUUGACGGAAGAAUCAUUUUCUGCGAUCACAGAAUAUCCGUCGUGGCGGGUUACAUGGCGGAAGAGGUCUCGGGACUGAGCGCCUUCAAAUUCAUGCACAAAGAGGACGUCAGAUGGACGAUGAUAGCCCUUCGGCAAAUGUACGACCGUUGCGAGGGAUUCGGUACUUCGUGUUACAGGCUCUUGUCAAAAACUGGACAAUUCAUCUAUCUGCGUACCCACGGAUACCUCGAAUUCGACAAAACUACUCAAACAGUGGAGUCAUUCGUUUGCGUCAACACUCUGGUCGCAGAAAAAGAGGGCGAAGAACUGGUCAAGGAAAUGAAAGACAGAUUUUCAGCGACCAUUACCGGUCCGGCGAAAGCCAUGAUCACACCCUCGUCAAGCUCAACACUUUCCCAGGCUUCUGAUUCGCAGCGCUCGGAUACAAGAGCGACGGUCGAAGACCCGCUGCAACUCGAGGAUGCGAUAACUCAUUUAAUCAGCGAUCUUCCCUCCCCAUCGGUGUCCGAAGAUCGUCUCUCACCUUCCCCGUUGCCGAAUAAUCAAUUUUACAAAGCUGCGAUAUAUUCCCGAGGUCUACCACCCGCUUCGAUACAGGCUCACAAAAUCGGAAUCAAGACGAUUAAUCACAAGUCACCCUCGGACAAGAGUUCGCAACGAUGUAAAAUUGAGGGUCAGAAAAGGAGGGAGUCGGUAACCCUGAUUGAUGAGGCAGGGCCGACGGACCUCCUCGAAAACGAGGAGAUCGCAAUUGCUGGACCGUCGUUUGCGCGGCCGAGUCAAAGAGUCGCAUCCCCCGUGAGAGAAUUAUCCGCCGAAAGAUUGGCCAACGACUCGAAGAUCGCGGUUCACGUACAAGAUGACGAAACAUUAACGGAAGUCCACGAGGAUCGGCCUCCGACUGACGAGUGUUUUAGUGGCGAAACUUUGGUGGACACGAACAUUUCCCAAGCUAUAUUUGUGUCCGAUUCUACAACGAUUUCAGAUCACGGUAUUGCUCGCUCGUUGCAUAACUUUGGGACCAACGCUGCAUCCGUGUUCAAGGCUUCGGCUGAUAAUUCACAGGAGAGACGGGCACCCCGUAAACGGGAUACCCAGGGUGGUGACAUCCGAGCAACGGGGAAAACGAAGCAGCAAAACAUCCGUAAGAAAAUCCCACCGAUAUUCUCUGGUUCUGACUUUGGUUCGCAGAAAAGCGUCGCGCCCCGAAUCGAUUCGGUGGUAACGUCAACGUGCAAAGUGGUCCAGCGUGUAGCGCCUACGAAUUUUAUAAUUCAGAAAGAGAUGAACAGUGGCAAUCCAACUUCUCAAAUCCCCAUAGCGGACUAUUUGCGAAACUCCGAUCAAGAUAGUUCGACCAACAAGGCGACGAGGUACACUCGGAAGAGAUCAAGAAGCAGCGAGACCGCGAUAGUUUCCAAGAGAAAAGCAAACGUCGCCGCUAGAAUCCAGAAUUGCCCUCAGGAUGAGGGUGACAUGAUUUUUCCCGCCGGUGCGAAUCCCGAGGCUAAGCAAAAUUCGAAGAUGAGCGUGAACCUGAACGUCAACGUCAAUGACCGUCCGAUGCUCGGUUUCGGCGACAUCGGUUCAAUAACUGGUAUCGAUGAAAUGGAUGCACCGACUUUGAUCGGGAGUGAGAUUACUCAGAUACUGGAAGUCGAUAGGCUCGCCGAGACGCCGAUGGAAUUGGAGUUUACCGAUGCUUACCAACAUUUGAAUCCCAGUUUAUUGGACUCCUCGGAUCGUGUUCAAGAAAAUGUCGAGCUCGAAGAUCUUGAGGAAGAUAUGCUGAGCCCGAGCCUGGAUGCUGACCCAGAUCUUAUGAAGAAAUUAGGAGACCUACAGUCGGUGAUGUAUAUCGGAAAACCCAUUGACGAGGCAAACGUUGACCAAUUUACAGCAAGCGAUCAAGCUGUUAGCGAAGGGAUACGAAGAACGCAAUUUCAACUUGAGAAAUGCAUGGCGUUGAGAGAAUCGCAAUUCAAUGUGCUGAAGCGUAACCUGGAUAAUCCCGCUCUGCAGACGAAACGAGAUAAUCCUGCCUUGCAGGCAAAGCGCGUAGAGUUAGAGGCCGAGCACAACAAAGAGAAGCAGAUACUGAAGACUCUGCAGCAGGAUCAUUUGAACAUUCAGGCAAACGUGCAGCACAACAUCGGGGUAUGAACGAUUGUAAAGAUGUAACGACGAUCCGUGCAGCCCUAUGGUAUCUAUACUUGGAAACCUGAAAUAAACUCCGAACUCCUCGAAAAAGGACUCGUGUUGGAAGUGAACGAAGAAUUGCCAUGACGUGCCCCUGACUCAAGGAUAAAUAGGUAAAACUUGAAACAAUAAGUAAACAUAUAGAAAACAUAAGGAACAUAAUAAACAUUGAACAAAAUGUGGACAAAAAAGUAGAUGAUCGAAGAGAAAGAAGUCCGGGCCAACGGAAGGUUGCGCUAAAGAGAAUAAUUCGCAUCUUUAGGCGUGUGUUGAUUUAACCUCACGAUUGACCGGUUGUACAUUUUUUAAACUCGCUUCCGAAUUCUGUCAUGAAACAUCUCUGGAAAUAGGAAAUAAUAUAAUUCAACGACAAUGUCGUCAUUGUCCACUCAAUAGUACGGCUAUACUAGGGUGGUCCUCAUUCGUAUUUCAAUGAAAAAUUUAACGGUCUACAAAAAAAAUCGAAGCCCCUAGUGUUUCGAGAAAAAAUUUAACCGACUACAAAAAAAUCUCCUAUGAUUUUUCGCUGAAUUCACUGGUUUGAAAGUUGAAUUCGAGGUCAAAGUUCAAUUUAUACAAAAUUAUCAUUAGAAUAACUUUUGAAACAGUCGAUUUAGCAAAAAACCAUAAGAGGCUUUUUUUGUAGAGCGUUAAGUUGUCUAUUGAAAUAUAAAUUUCCAUAAUUUUCAAUAUAUUUGUCAAGGACCUAUGAAUUUUCAAAGAAAAAAACAUGUUAUUCUCAUGUUAUUUCCAUGAGAAACUUCGGUGACAAUGCGGGCUAUCUUAGAGUUGAUAUUAAAAGCUCAGAUUUUCAGGGAAUUUCUUUGAAUUUAUUUGGAAGCGUUCAAGUCCCAGGGAGCAUCGAAAUUCGAAAACAACCCUGUUAGGGACAACCCUAGGCUAUACGUACUAUUUUUAUUUUAGUACGGUUUUUCGCGAAAUUUUUGAUAGACGUAAUAAUCAAGUCAUUCAAUUUUGGUAUCAGAAUCCAAUUAUUAUAGAAUAAAAAAGGAAUCCAAUCUUUGGGACACUGAACAUAAAAAAUACAAACGCGUCAUUUGAUGGAAUGAGUCUAAUAUAAUCUACAUGUAUGAACUACAGUGUUAAGAAUGAAUCGACUUCCAAAAAUUACAACAGUCCAUAAUUUCAUCAAACCAAUCUCAACGUACAAAAUGGAUUCGUGUAUAAAUAUGUUUUCCGUAUGACCCCCCACCUCGUGUACCUACAUCAACUCCGAA